AUGUCGCGCUAUGACGACUAUCACUCAUCCACCGGGACCGUCGACACCCACGACCGCUACGAGCGCCGUCGGUCUCGAGGCCCACCGGUGGUUGAUAGACCCCGCCAGGUCGAGGAAGAGCGCUUCGAGUUUCGCAUGCGCGAGGAAGACCGAUAUGGCCCUCCUGCCCGCGCUGCCGGCCGAUACUAUGAAGAUGAGCACCUGUCUCAAGCAUCUGGCCCCCUUGUGGCGCAUGACCGGCGCCGUCGCCGCGACGAGAGUCCCUCGUUCGCACCGCCCCGUUUGAUUAGGCGGCAGUCGUCCCUCGACACUUUCGAUCGCAUCCCUCGUCGUAAGAUGGAGUCUCUUGAGGCUCGCGAUCGUCCCCGCGGCAUGCCUCGUGUGCCUCAUCCGCCACCCCCGCCGCGGGCCUCGCCCGGUCGUUAUCGCGAGCGCGAGGUAUAUGAGGACAUUCGUAUCGCGGAGCCGGAUUACUACGGUGAUGAGGAGUAUCGUGAAUUCCGAGAGCGUGCCGGUAUGGAUCAUCGUCGGCGUCGCUCGAGCAGCGCUACUCGCUCUCGUCGGGAGGAGAAGCCCUACCCGCGCAAGGGAAAGACUCGCAUCCCCCGGAAGUGGGUGCAUGUCCACGCUAUCCUGGACUUGGGGUAUCCGUUCACAGAGGAGGAUGAUGUCAUUGUCAUUAAGAAGGCGCUAUCCAAAGACCAAAUCGACGAAGUCAUCAGCCUCAGCAGAGAGUUCCGACGACCCGCCGAACAUGUGGAGACCGAUUACCUGCGUAUUCCCCGAUCCCCGGUUCGUGCUAUUCCUCGCGAGCGUGUCACUACGGAGCAUCUGGUUGUCGAUGCCCGCUCGCCUCGUCACGAUACAUAUCUCAUUGAAGCAUCACCACGCCACCACCACCAUGGUUACGAAGAAGUCGAGUAUGACCAGUACAUCCAGCGAUCACAACUUGGAGGCAUCACUCGUCCGCGGUCAGUGUCCGUUAAUACACAUGGACGACACUCAUCUCCCCUACGACUGAUCGAGCCCCGGGGCUACGUCGAGGAGCGUGUUGAAGCGCGACCGCGUAAUUCUGGCCAAUUGGUUUUGGUGCGCCCACGCAGCAGCCACCAUGAAGUUGAUGACUACGUUCGUGAUUUAGAAGAGGAGGCCCGACUGUUGCGAAUCGAGCGACAGGGUGGAUAUGAAGUUACGCGGGAUCGUGAGACAGAUGUCAUUGACAGCAAAGGGAAUGAGACAGAGAUCCAUGAAGUUCGACGGACAGAGCGCAAAGAACCCAGCGCUGGAGUAAUGCGGGCGAUGCUGGCCACCUUGACUUGA